AUGUACUUUCCAACUUCCGCUGCUCGCCAACUGUGCACAGUGCCCGCCCUUCCUAAUGCCAUCACAAAACCAAUUAUAUCUCUUUGUCCCAGUACCCGCCGGUCCUUAUUCUGCACCCUUAACAGUGAUGGUAUAGCCUUAUGGCGUGUUAGGCCGUCUGCGAUAUUGGCUUAUUUGUCAAGGACGCCUACAUCACUGGCUGAGCAUGGAGAGAACCGAGCACUUCACUGGUCUACGGAUGGGACUAGAAUAGUCAUCCAGACAGCGAAAUCGUAUCUGGUCCUGGUGACUGUGCAGUUCAACCCCAACGAAACACCGUAUGAAGCACCUGAACUUGCAUCUGGUAACAAGCGCAAUUUCUUACCUGGUCCUGGAGAAGCGCUACCCUUGCAAUCAAUCGUGUUGCACUUCGAAGGCGUUAUUCAUGUGGAGGGAAGCCUCUUGAGUGUGUCACCUCGAAGACAUUAUAUCCUCUUCUCUACAAAGAGCCCUCCUUCGAUCCAGCGAAUACCGUGGCCUGUAACACAAGAUGCAGAACUUUACGGGCGAGGUGGUACUAGGCAAUAUGGUUAUGAUAGCUGGGUCAUCAAUGAAGAGGACUUUCCAUGGCUCGAAGACUCUGAUGUCACCGUCUCUGAUAUAUUCUGGUUUCGUGGAUCGGACGUAGAGUCAUGGAUCACUUCGGAUGGGCGUGCGUACUUUGUCCAGCUCAGCGAGAGCGCGUAUUCAGACACCAACACAUCGAACCCUGACAUGGCUAGCGAAAAUGCAACACGAGAUUCGAUAGCGAGCGAUCUCAAAGGGAAAGAUCGAGCCCAUACUUCCCUCGAAAGUUUAACGUCCCAACCCAGUUCGCAAUGGCAUGGUACAUGUAUUCACAACGUAGAAGUUCCUCGAUGGGUACAAAAACGUCGACAGGCGGAUUUUGAAGACGAUGUACAUGAUUAUGAUCAGCCUCGACGAGCGGUGAAAGUUGCUGUGAAUACUAGAUUCUCUUUGAUCGCAGUGGGCACGCACAGCGGGACCGUGGAAUACACUACAUUUCCGUCGCCAGAAGAACCCCAUCCUAAGCCCCAGGUCUUGCAGAUCCCUUAUUCGUAUAGGGGGAGUGCGAAGGGAUCCGUCUGUGCCAUGGAAUGGAGUUCAGAUGGAUACGUCUUAGCGGUAGGUUGGCAGCACGGCUGGGCUGUUUGGAGUGUGGCCGGACGCUGUCUGGCUUGGGGUUUUGGCUUGGAGGAUCAGGUAGAUGAAGACAGAUUUCAAGAUGCUUUCAUGUUUGGUAUAUGCGAUUUAUUUUGGGUCGCAGGAAAUUUUGAACUCGUAGUUCUCGCGCGCUCCAGCCCGAAUAGUGCGUUGACAAUAUUGUUUCCCGAGUUGUGUGUUAAUGCGAGCAUAUCAGAGUCAGAUGGGCAACUGUUCACAAUACCAUUCGCGAAAAGCGCCACCACAGGUCUCCAUGCGCCGGAUAAUACAGAGUAUGCGUUCCUGCAGAUGGACGAUCGAGUCCUGGUGUAUAGAGGCGCAGAUCAACCUGACAUGAGCGUGAUCAAUCCUGAGUCGGAUGUGUGGCAACAUAUCAAGAUACCGCAAGACUACCUAGCAGCCAACUGGCCUGUGCGAUACUCGACCAUCAGUGCAGAUGGCCGUUUGGUUGCUAUCGCAGGUCGGCGAGGUCUAGCACAUUAUAGUUCGACAUCUGGUCGGUGGAAACUGUUUGCGGACGAGUUACAGGAGCAAGCAUUCACAGUGAAAGGUGGUCUUCUCUGGUUUCACCAUGUUCUGAUCGCGACAGUUGAGGUGGCGAAGUCAUGGCAGAUACGAUUGUAUUCUCGAGAUCUCGAGUUAAGCAAUCAAAACGUCCUCCAUCGCGAAAUAUUGUCGUCGCCGGUUGUCAUAUUGUCACUGGUUGACAACUCCUUGCUUGUCUAUACGGCCGAUAACACGUUGUCGCACUACUUGAUCCUUCCGACGUCGGAUACAAUCAAACUACAUCUCUGUGGAAGCAUCACAUUUGGAGGCAUUAUCGCUAACCCCAACGCAGUCAGAGUAUUGAGUUGGCUGAUCCCGACCGCUCAAAAGCAACUCGGUGAUCCCGCAGAGGACCUGUCAGUGGCUACAGUCUUGAUGAUGGUCGGUGGGCAGCUCGUGCUUUUACGGCCUAGAAAAUCGGGCGAACAAGAAGUGCGCUAUGACAUGCAAAUAUUGGCCGACCGUAUUGAAUUUUGUUGGAUCCAUCUCCGCGGCAUUGGCAGUCUUGAGAAUUCUCUGUGGGGGUUUGACGGACGAGGCAUGCGAGUGUGGCUAAAUGCUCUAUCUAUCGAAGCCCCUCAGCUUGACGAGCCAUCCAAUGCCCGAGAAGUUAAAGAAAGCGUCAAUAUUCCUCUGGACUUCUAUCCGUUGGCUGUUCUCAUGGAUAAAGGAAUCAUCAUGGGAGCUGAGCACGAGAUAAGCACACGGAUGAAUCUGCCUUUCUUGAUGUUCCGCCAUGCUACAAGUUCACAUCUCUUCCUUCACCACAUUCUGCUUGUUCACUUGACCUCCGGUCAGGUGAAAGAAGCUGUGCUAUUUGCCUCACAUUACCAGCACUUGGUCUUCUUCGCACAUGCUCUCGAAAUUCUGCUACACACUGUUGUUGAUUCGGAGACAACGUCAAGAGACGACAGCUCGGAAACAUUGGACAAAACCCUGUGCGCGGUUGUGGAAUUUUUGGACCAUUUCGAUGUUGCUCUGGAUGUCGUCGUCGGCUGCGCACGAAAGACUGAGAUGGCAAGAUGGCCUCAUCUGUUUGACAUUGUGGGCAGCCCACAAUCUCUGUUUGAGACAUGCCUUUCGUCGCAGCGACUUCGUACGGCGGGCUCGUAUCUACUGGUCCUGCAUAGUCUUGAACAGCUCGAGGCAGGCAAUGAUGGCGCGCUGCGAUUGCUUUGCAGUGCAGUUGAAGUCAAAGAUUGGCAAUUAUGUCGGGAGCUCUUGCGAUUCUUCCAUUCUAUCGAUACCACAGGGGAGGCGCUCAGGGAGGCGCUCGCUCAGCCCUUCAUGUCUGGCAGAUCUGAGUUGAAUGGUGCUUUAAGCAACGGCGAAAUGCACCCAUGACCUCUUGUUGCCUUGUAUCACCUACCUCAGCUUUUCAUGACAUUUGUGGAUUAGUUAUAGAUUUAAAAUAACUUAUAUGAUUGUUUGGAA